UGGUAUGAACACAGCAACAUCAGCACGGUUUUGCAACCUUCUUCAUUCUUUGACACUCCAGAAGAUUGUUCUUUUCUUCUGCUCGUAUUUUAAUGGCUUUCGGUUUGUCUCGACUAUGGACAAGGUUUCAACAAAAUAUUAACAUGAUGGGAAUUUGGAAAGGCAAACCACGAGCUUGUUUACAAGGUUGAACUUGGUAUCAAUUUAGUGAUAAGUAAGGAAUUGCCAAGAUUCUCGCAAGUGCAGUUUUGAGGGGUUUUGUUUUUAAUAAUCUCGCUUUUUUUUAUUUGGAGGGCUUUUUGUUGCAAAUGGAUAAAGCUUUUGGGGGGCCUGCAUUCUUCAUGGAACUUGGUUUUAGCAAAUGGGUAUGUGCAUUUCUACUGUCUUGUUGGCUCAUCUUCUCUGGAGCAUACUCGGUGGAGGGAUUACGUGGGGAUUCUAAAGUGAGAGGAGUGAACUUGGGAGGGUGGCUGGUCGUGGAAGGCUGGAUUAAACCUUCACUUUUUGAUGGCAUUCCCAACGGAGACAUGCUUGAUGGAACAGAGGUACAAUUUAAGUCAGUGACAUUGCAGAAGUAUGUGUGUGCAGAGAAUGGGGGAGGCUCGAAUGUUACAGUCAGCAGAGAUGUAGCAUCUUCAUGGGAAACUUUUAAGCUAUGGAGAGUUUCGGAAUCAAAAUUUCAGUUGCGCACCUCCAAAGGUCAAUUUAUAUCAUGUGAUAGAGAAGGGUGCUCUGUCUCUGCAACUGCAGAAUACCCUUCCACAUCAGAGACAUUUUUCAUUGAAAGGAAGAAUGGUAGAGUUCACAUAAAACUAGAGAGUGGGGCGUAUCUACAGCUCUCAGGGGACUAUCCAGGAAUGCCGGGAUGGGAUGAUAAUGCAGGCACAUUUGAGAUGACAAUUGUAGCAAAUAACUUGCAUGGAGAUUACCAGCUUGCAAAUGGAUAUGGACGCGAUAAGGCCAAGGAGGUUCUUAAGAGACACAGAAAUAGUUUUAUCACCGUUGAAGAUUUCAAUUUUCUUCAUAGAAAUGGAAUAAAUACUGUGAGGAUCCCAGUUGGCUGGUGGAUUGCUUCUGAUCCUGAUCCUCCUGCUCCAUUUAUUGGAGGAACUCUUGUGGCUCUGGAUAAUGCAUUCUCAUGGGCACAAGCCUAUGACAUAAAGUGCAUAAUCGACCUUCAUGCUGCUCCUGGCUCCCAAAACGGGAUGGAACAUAGUGCUAGUCAAGAUGGUUUUAUAGGCUGGCCUACUUCUCCGGAUUACAUCUCAAAAACAUUGGAUGUUAUUGAUUUUCUAGCUUCCAGGUAUGCAACGCAUCCUGCAUUGCUGGGAAUUGAACUCUUAAAUGAACCAUCUGCACCCACAGUUCCCUUGGAUACUUUAGUUUCAUUUUAUAUGCGAGGCUACCAAAUUGUUCGAAAAUACUCACCAACAGCUUAUGUAAUAAUUUGCCAAAGAAUUGGCAAUGCAGAUCCCUUGGAACUUUAUCAAGCUAACAUAGGCACUCACAAUGUAGUGGUGGAUUUGCAUUUCUACAAUCUUUUUGACACUUUCUUUCUUAAUAUGAGCUCGGCGGAUAAUAUACAAUUCAUAUAUAAGAGCAGGGAAGCUCAAUUACAGGCCCUCAACAGCUCCAAUGGUCCUCUUGUGUUUGUUGUUCAUUCGAGACAUUAUAUAGUUGGAGACUUGGUUAGGGUUCCCAGCAGUAAGAAUAAUUCUUUUGAAAGUGGAUUGAUCUCAGGGGAAUGGGUGAAUGAGUGGAAUGUGACAACUGGAUCAAAGACAGAUUACCAAGAGUUUGGAAAGGCACAAUUAGAGGUAUAUAAUGCUGCUUCAUUUGGAUGGGCUUAUUGGACACUUAAAAAUGACAGACAGCACUGGGAUUUUGAAUGGAACAUAAAGAACAAUUAUCUCCAACUAGGCGAUUCACCCAACAAGCAAAGUCUCAAUAGUUUAAUGUUGCUUGGUAUUACAUGUGCCUGUUUCUAUCUGUAUCACUUUCUGUGAAGAAAUGUCACAUCUGAGUUGCAUCAUUCCUCAUAAUUGAAGAGGAAGAUCUACUAUGCGGUUUUUCUAUGUUUUUGGCUUCCCAACCAUCAAAUUCAUUUUGUUAUACUAAAUUGCAAAGUGCAGUAAUAAUGUGGUUCUUGUAAAGUAUAUGCAGAAAUUGUUGAUGAUGCUGUAAAAUCUUCGAGGCUAAGCUUGUUACACCCAAUAAUCUGCAAAGGAAAUUCUUCCCGGUUUCGC